UACACACAACAUGCAAAAACACUUGACACAAUGUCAGUAUUUCAUGAAACGAAAGUUUAAAAGCUUCUGAAAAUUACAAUCUAACUCUAAUAACAGCGUUUGAACUCCAUUGUUGUAUUGUUUACCCGGAACAAAGCUCUACUAAAAAACGACAGAUCGCUAUAUUUCUCUAGUGAACUGCGACGAAACAGCUGUUCUGCUACUGCUGCUGGAUGGUUACUUUGACAGGGAGGUCGAAGGAUAAGCGAAUGUAUCAUCUAAACUUAACGCUUUUAAAUGAUAUCGCGAAUAUUCCGUGGAAAAAAUGAGAAUGUCGCUGUCAAGAGAAAAUUGCAAAUCGACACGUUGAAAAUCUUUAACGACAAUGUAGUAGAAUUAAGGGAAAAUUUUGAGUAUCAAGUACAAUUCAAUGCUGGGGAAAGGAGAAUGGCUAUUAUGGUUUCUUUGUCUCCGGAGUUCCCACUGGAAAAGCCAGUACUCAAAGUUUCUCCUCCAAUAAACCAUCCCUGGUGUAAUGAACACAGUGAAAUCAUCAGUGCGCCUGGGCUGCUAAAUUUCACAGUGCACAGUGAUCUUGGUCGGGUUGUUCAAGCUAUCAUUAGAGAAUUCAGUAAAAAUCCUCCACAACUAUUGGAAGAUAUCUCUCCAGGAUCUGUACAAUCACAUAGAGGUGAGCAACGAAAAAAAAUAGAAAGAAACAAAAUACAUAUCUAUAACAAUGCCAUUACAGAUCUGCAAGGAAGAAGUUCUCCAUCUUUCUCCCUGCAACAGUAUCCUGAAAUUCCACCCAAGUCGUACAAUUCUUAUUACGCCACACAGUUUCCGCAGUAUUCAUCCGCUAGUGGAAGUACUUGCACUUACACUUACAAUUACACCCAUUCAGGUAUUCAGUAUGUGGAGGACGGUCAUGCGGUCGCGCUGGACGAUCAUGCGAAGUUUGGGUCGUCGUCGCAGCAUUCUACGUACACGACAAGCUCGAGAGGUGGUUCACUGCAUAAUACAGACCCCACAGGCUACAACUCGAACCACCAGGGAACGUAUUUAAAUUCCCAUUACGCAAACGCUAAUUAUCAGCAGCCGUCGUUGCAGAAUCAGGUUCAAACUAAGGCUCAGAGUGUAGCAUUCCCAGAACUGAACAGCUUGUCCAAUGAGGAAUUGAAAAGACUCAGUGAAGAUGAUGACAAUUUAGAUGAAUUCUUGGACAAACAUUCCGAACUAAAAGACGUUAACUUGGCUAUUGAUGAUGCAAUAGAUUGGGUCCAGAAAACUGCCGAGGCCAAUGUAGCCAAAGAACCCGAGCUUAGAGAAUUGCAGUCUGAUGUAGCAAAUAAAGUGCAGAUAGUUGCUACACUGAAAGCCAGAUAUGAUCAGCUGAUACAACGAUACAACAAACUAUCAGAAGUGUUUACUCCGGAUCACAUAAAGGAAUGCUUGAGGAAGGCAGCGGAUGAAAGUCACGAGGAGAGUGAAAGAAUAGCGGAGAACUUUCUGAACAGAAAGAUCGACGUGGAACGGUUCCUCAGCACGUACAUUGAAUGUAGGAAAUUAGGCCAAGCGAGGCGAACUAAAGAGGAGAAGCUGGCGCAUCAGCUGAACGAAUUGAAACGGGCCGGCUACUAAAAUUAAUGGCAAAGGCACUCGCUGGCAGAGAACACUUUUAUAACGUAACAGUACAUUGCAUCACCACUCGUCAUUCAUACUGCGUCGAGGUUAGUUUGAAUAGAUUGUGUUUACGCAUUUGGGGGAGGGGAGUAAACGUAUUUCUGUAUGUAACAAAAAAAAUAAUGGCGCUGGUUCGAACAAAGUAAAACUACGUAUGUGUAAUGCUUGAAAUGUACUUAUCUUUCCGUACAAAGAAGUCUAUUGAAUGAAAUUCAAUGUUUACUCUGUGACAUACUACAAUUGCAUUGAUACCGCUCUGAUCAAACAUUUUCCGUUUCUACUGUGUAAAUAAACGUGCGGUGAAACACGAUUAAAAUCAAUUUUUCAAAGUUUUGCUAUUCCGUAACGUUACUCUAAUUACUUAUCCUACGGAUGUUCCUAAUAUAUUGUAACAUAAGAUAUUUUGAGGCUUACACGGCCCAAUUCUUCAUAGUUGAUACUAACUGAGACUUCCGUUCGUAAGUCUCUGUUAGUAUCAACAUUAUAACAUAUUUACAAUUAUAUAAAAACGCGGAAGUCUGGAAAUUGAGGAAAUACUUUUAGUUUUACUUUUUUUUAUGCACUGGUACAUGUAAUUCCAAUUAGGUUUGUUACUCUAUUAUUUGAGGAUGCAGUUUAAUUUCUGUACCACAAGAUUUCGCGUUGAAGGUGCAAAAAUAUCGUUAGUUGCAAAUAACUUAAGAAUAGGAAACAAGUUUUUAAUAAAAAUAAAAUGCGCGAAGAAAGUAAAUAAAUCGAAACAAUUGUACUAAUGAUCAUUCUAAUGGUAUUAUCAAGACAGUAUAUUAAAUACAAAUGUAACUUAAUAUUUUAUUUUGGUACAAACACUUAUGAUUAAUAAUUGUUUCGCGUCUCAGCUCUCAUAUUAAAAAAAUAACUUCAACAGUGGGAACACGUUUUUCUCGUAGACGCAUACCUACCCACACUUCAACGUUAAGUUUGCAAGUAAUUUGCUAUGCGAAAGAUGAACGUGUACGAGAACACAUUUAGACAUUAUAUGCACACUUUUCUUUCUUAACAAUAAUACAUUUUUAAUAUUUCGUUCAAUUAUCUUUAACCUCUUCAGGGACACUAGUACGGGUGUGUGCGUUCCUUUCUUUUCAUUUUAAUUGUUUCAACUGCAAAAAUAAAUUAAAACUCGUACGGCAGUGCUAAUAGAGUUUCAUUCUACAUGAUAAUCGCUACUUUAAAAACAUUGAAACAUUUACUGAA